AUGGACAUGGAUGACGGAGAAGCUUCGAGUAGCAGUGCGUUUGCCGCUCUAAACAGUUUGUUUUCCUUCACUAAUCCGGCAGUAAAGAAGCUUCUCGGUUGGAAGCAGGGCGACGAAGAAGAAAAGUGGGCCGAAAAGGCCGUGCAUAGUUUAGUGAAAAAACUAAAAGGUCGAAAAGGUGCCGUUGAGGAUUUAGAACGAGCCUUGAAAUUUCCCGGUCAACCUUCGAAGUGUGUUACAAUUCCUCGAUCGCUGGACGGCCGGUUGCAAGUUUCCCAUCGUAAAGGCUUGCCACACGUGAUCUACUGUCGUGUUUGGCGUUGGCCGGAUCUGCAAAGUCAUCACGAGCUGAAGGAAAUCGAGUCCUGCCAGUACCCGUUCGGAUCCAAGCAAAAGGAAGUAUGCAUCAAUCCGCACCAUUACAAUCGUGUCGAAAGUCCGGUCCUGCCUCCCGUGCUCGUUCCACGGCACUCGGAAUUCGCUCCCGGACACCCGAUGCUUUCGUUCCAUCAAAUGACCGAGCCAAACAUGCCACACAAUGUGAGCUACACAAAUUCGGGUUUCAAUGGAUCUAAUUCCCCCCAAAUGGCUCCCAAUAGUCCGAUGUCAGCAUUCUCAAGUCAGGGAAUGGUCAAUUCUAAUCCACAAAGCCCUUGCAGUACACUUCCUGAGACGCCACCACCGGCUUACAGUCCGUCAGAAGAUGGCAGUUACAUCGUCGGAGCAGACAACAAUCAUAUGGCUACGAACCAGAUGCAUGGCGAUGUGGCCCAAGUGUCUUAUCAGGAACCAAGCUUUUGGGCAAGUAUUGCAUACUAUGAAUUGAACUGUCGAGUUGGCGAAGUGUUUCACUGCAAUUCGUCGUUAGUUAUAGUUGACGGAUUCACCAAUCCGUCCAACAACUCGGAUCGCUUCUGUCUCGGUCAGCUAAGCAACGUCAAUCGGAAUAGCACAAUCGAGAACACUCGCCGCCAUAUUGGAAAAGGGGUGCACCUGUACUACGUGAAAGGUGACGUAUAUGCCGAGUGUCUUUCCGAUUCAGCCAUUUUUGUCCAGAGCCGAAACUGCAACCACCAUCACGGGUUCCAUCCGAGUACGGUAUGCAAGAUAAUACCGGGAUGUUCGCUGAAAAUCUUUCACAGUGAGGAAUUUUCUCAACUGCUUUCGCAAUCUUUGCAUCAAGGGUUCGAAGCCGUUUUUGAGCUUACGAAAAUGUGCACGAUUCGGAUGAGUUUCGUGAAGGGUUGGGGUGCGGAAUAUCAUCGACAGGACGUUACGUCGACUCCCUGCUGGAUUGAAAUUCACUUGAAUGGAGCGCUGCAUUGGCUGGACAGAGUACUUUCACAAAUGGGAUCACCCCACAAUGCAAUUACUUCUGUGUCCUAA